CUUUAAGCGCACUUCAAUCAGAGUGCAACGGCCGCUCGACUGGAAACUGCGGAACACUCUGCAACGUAAUGGAAUGAUUGCUAAUCAAUUCGAUGCAACGGUUGGGAUUAACAAAAAACAGCAACGCGUUCUCUGCGGCUUAAUUCACCGCACGUUUCGCAAAGCCGAGUGCCACUCGCGCGUCGCAACGUGACACAAUAUGCAACACGCGAUAAACUGUUUCUCUUCCUCGGAGCACGGCGCGAAGAAACGCUCGACUAGUUCUGAAACUGUCGUCGUUCCUCGUCAAAAUUCAACUUUCCACAAUGGAUCACAACAAAUACGUUCGAUAACGUUCAAAUCAAGACCUUUCGUUCACUUUUACCGCGAUUUAAUGAAAGUUUAAUGUUAUCGUGACUCAAAGAAAAUUUCAUUCCACAGUAAUCCAACGAUAGUUUAUUUUUUUUCCCGGUUUAGUGAAAGAUCUUUCAAUUUCAAGAAUCAAUUUUUUUAAUGCUUAGAUAGCACAAAGAGUUCAAAAAGAAUUCGCUUGUAUGUCACCAAAUCUGAGUUCAUUUUCACCUGCGAAAAGAAUUCUUUUCGUGAGAAGCUCUCGUUUUAUGAAAAACUCGAACGGAAGCGACUCCGCUAUGGAUUAUCGCAGUGCGAAGACCUUCGCGUUUUUCCUGAUCGUCUCGGCGUCGUGCGGAGAUGUCCGUCCUCGGUUGCGACCCGAACACCACGACAUGAGAAGGAUCCCUGAUAAAUUCACAUUCAGGCACGAGCUUCUCUUGUCAGGCACCAGACAGGCAGAGAGGGUAGCUGCCGGAAGUUAUGCGAACGAAGGCCAGUUUCCGUUUAUGGCCGUCGUGCAUCGGCUGAUCCACGGUAGAAGAGUGGCGCAAUGCGGUGGCACUAUUGUAUCGGAAAGAUGGGUUCUGACUGCGGGUCAUUGCGUCGCGAAGUACCCGAAACGGUUCUUCGUGAUAUUCGGGAUCGUUGACAAGACCGGGAUAGGUUACGACGUCAACAAGGGAUCCGGAGUUGCGAUGAUGACGACGUGGGCCCUGGCGCACCCCGACUACUUCUUCAGCAAGAAUGACAUUGGAUUGUUGCGUAUGCCACGAGAUAUCCCAUUUUCAGACAAGAUUCAGCCGAUACACCUGGCCGGUCCGGAGGAGAGCAAGAUCGUGGUCGACACGGCUGCUUACGUGGUCGGUUGGGGUCGUGACGGUCACGGUAGUCCCGCAGGUACGAAGAGGCUCAAGUACGCUUUGAUGCCGUUAAUCUCGAAACGCAAAUGUAGCGCGUACUGGCCAGUGGACCACAGAAAUAUAUGCACGGUGCCAGGACUCGGAAAGGACGCCUGUCAGGGCGACAGCGGAGGACCUCUGUUUACAAUGAGGGACGAUCGGCCACUGCAAAUUGGCAUUGUAAGUUACGGAGACGCGCAUUGUCCGAGUGGUAGACCCGGAGUAUAUACUAGAGUGGCAGCGUUUGCGGAAUGGAUUCAAGACGUCACUGGAAUAGAACUUUAG